ACUGAAAGUGGUACAAUUCAAUCACCAAAUUUUCCAAAUCUUUAUCCACAGAACGCUGUUUGUGACUGGACUGUGGAAGCUCCUGAGGAUAAAAUUAUUAUCUUAACAUUUAAUUAUUUUGACGUAAGUUUUCAUCCAAUACAUUAUAUAUUAUUUUCCAGUGAUUAUAAUUGCGAGUUUGAUUUUGUUGUUAUUUAUGAUGGUGACAAAGAAAUAGCUGUAUAUUGUGGUUCACCUAUUCCUGAUCCAGUUACAAGUACCACGAAUAAACUUCGAAUAACGUUUAUAUCUGAUGACCAAUAUGAAUAUGAAGGCUUUAAUGCAACUUAUAGCAUGAAAGGUAAACAAGACCUCAUUAAGUUAUGA